GACAGUCUGCAGCGUCUGGUGUGCGGGCGAGGGUCCAGGAGGCGCAGGCCCCGAGCUCGAGGCCGGGCUCCGCUCGGGCGUACCUGGCUGGGAGGGCCAGGCCGUCCGCCGCGUCCCCCAGCGAUGCCAUCCAGCCCCGGUGCCCUCGCGCUGAGCCCUGAGAAAGGCAGGAGCGCCUGGAGGCUGGCGCGGACUGUGGCGGCAGGCGUCGCGGGGAAGCUCCCUGGGCUGUCUGUCUGUCACGCUGGCGUGCCCCUCAGAGCAGGUGCUUGGGGAGCAGAGGGUGGCCGGCCUGCCGGGCGUGGGCCUGCGCCAUGAGCAGGGAGGUGAGUGGGAAAUGAGGUUUUUCCAUUGCUAGUCAGUUGGAAUAUUUCCAUUUUAUAAGUAAAAUAGCCACACGUCGCAGCACCUCAGAAACCGGACGUGAUUCCGGGAGACGUUCGGAGUUCGUGGGCGUGUGUGUGUGCGAGCACAGCUCUCUGGGCCCCUCACGUCGAGCACGGGUCACCUCUGGGCUCCAGGAUGCGCAGUGCUGGCCCAGGACGUGUGGCCGUGGUCUGGCUGCUGCCCAGCCAGCAGAUUUAGCCUGGACACUGCCGGGAGUCAUCUGUGGGAGGUGAUAUCGCUACUUCUCGUAGGGUUUGGAUGAGAAUUAAACAGAAAUGAUGGUCGAGCCUGACCUUGGCAACUGGCACCUGGCGCGGUGAGCAAAGGGCCCCGUGCGGCUUCCUCUGCUCCGGGGCACCCCCUCCCCAAAGGGGGCCUGGGGGCUGCGCUCCGGCCAAGCUCAGGAAAGCCGUGUGCCCACCGGGGGCCUCGACGCUCUCCUGGCUGUGCCUGCUCCAGAACCUUCUGGGGCCCUCGGUGCCACCAGUCUCAGAACAGGGUGGUGGGUGUGCACGUGAGAUGCGGGGGGUGAUGGGAUGCGCGGGCCUGGAGCUCCUUGCCUCUCUGCGGUCGGGGUCGUGACCUCCGUUGACCCACGAGAGGGCUCUGAGCCAGAAGGUUCCACAGUGGCAGGGAGACUCCUUCAGGGAAGGUGCCGAGGACCCUCCUGACACGAAGGAGAAGGUUCAUCAAGGCCAGAGGACCCAGGGAUCUGGAAACAGUGCUGCUCAUGUGGUCUCAGACGACCAGCAGACACGGGCAAGGCACCGGUUUUGCAUUUGGAGUUUUUGCUGACAAAGCUUAAACCCUCCCCCGGCCUGGGGGCCCAGCUUCCUGUGCAGCCCAUCACCUGGCAUCCAGACACCGCGGCCCUCUCGCCAGGCCUCGCAGUUGCUGUUCGAUCACUUACCCGGCGACGCCGUGACUUCGUGUGGCUGCACGGCCUGUGGCCACCCCGCCGGGAUCCUGGGAGAGGCUCGACGAAUCCUCUCUGCCUCCAGAGCGGGCAUUUCGGGGGGCCUGCCAUGUUGGGAAGAUGGGGAGCCUCCGGAGGGGCCUCAGGGACAGCCCGGGACUGAGGCUGAGCCUUGGUGGGGGGAGGAGUUUGACAAGAGUGUCCAGAAACUUCUAGCCACGAGGAUCGCUGUGUACCUGAUGACCUUCCUCAUCGUGACCGCGGCCUGGGCGGCACAUACGAGAUUGUUCCAAGUUGUUGGGAAAAUAGACGAUACGCUUGCCCUGCUUAACCUGGCCUGCAUGAUGACCAUCACCUUCCUGCCGUUCACAUUUUCCUUGAUGGUGGCCUUCCCCGAGGUGCCUCUGGGCAUUCUCCUGUUCUGUGUGUGUGUGAUGGCCGUCGGGGCCGUGCAGGCGCUGAUCGUGGUCUACGCCUUCCACUUCCCCCACCUGCUGAGCCCCCAGAUCGAGCGCUCGGCCCACCAGGCCCUCUACCGGCAGCACAUCCUGGGCAUCAUUCUCCGGGGCCCGGCGCUGUGCUUGGCUGCGGCCGGCUUCUCCCUCUUCUUCUACCCAGUGUCGUACCUGCUGAUGGCGACGGUCAUCUUCCUGCCCUACGUCAGCAAGGCCGCCGGCUGGUGCAGAGCCAGGCUUGUGGGCCCCAGGGAGCCCCCGGCUCGCAGCCUGGAGAUCUUCACCUUCGACCUGCACGAGCCGCUCAGCAAGGAGCGGGUGGAGGCCUUCAGCGACGGGGUCUACGCCAUUGUGGCCACGCUGCUCAUCCUGGACAUCUGUGAGGACAACGUCCCGGACUCCAAGGACGUGAAGGAGAAGUUCCACGGCAGCCUAGUGGCGGCGCUGGGUGCGUCCGGGCCGCACUUCCUGGCCUACUUCGGCUCCUUCGCCACGGUGGGCCUGCUCUGGUUCGCCCACCACUCGCUCUUCCUGCACAUCCGCGAGGCCACGCAGCCCAUGGGGCUGCUCAACACGCUCUCGCUGGCCUUCGUGGGCGGCCUGCCCCUGGCCUACCAGCAGACGUCGGCCUUCGCGAGGCGGCCGCACGACGAGCUGGAGAGCGUACGAGUCAGCUGCGCCAUCAUCUUCUUCGCCAGCAUCUUCCAGUUCGCCAUCUGGACCACGGCGCUGCUGCAGGAGGGCGAGACGCUGCAGCCGUCGGCGCGGUUCGGGGGCCGGGAGCACGCGUUCAUGUUCGCCAAGCUCGUGCUGUACCCCUGCGCCAGCCUGCUGGCCUUCGCCUGCACCUGCGUGCUGAGCCGGUUCAGCACGGCCAUCUUCCACGCCAUGCAGAUCGCCGUGCCCUUCGCCUUCCUCGUGUCGCGGCUGCUGGUGCGCCUGGCGCUGGCCGGCCUGCGGGGCCUGCGGGGCCUGGCCCGGCCGGCACCGGGGGCCGCGGACGACGCGCAGUCCCCGCUCCUCCCUGCUCCCUGCUAGCACGGCCCCGGCCCCCGCCUGAGGUCCGAGUGUCCGGCGGGUGGCCCGGCCUCGGGUUUUGUCUUCCUUGUGAAGUUUCAUGCUCUACUUCAGCCCCUCAGAUUGUCUUCCACUGUUGCAGAGAAGAGUCUCGCAGGAGCGUCA